AUGUCCGUCAACAGCAAAAUUCUUCGCACCGCAAAUGCUCCUACCACAGGCCCUGAUGAAGUCGAGACGAACGUUGCUCAGGCUUUGAUCGAUUUGGAGAACAACGUACCCGAACUCAAGACUGAGUUGCGCGCGCUCCAGAUCUCCGCUGCCCGUGAGGUUGAUGUCCGGGGCGGUAAAAAGGCUAUUGUCGUUUUCGUUCCCGUCCCCCAAUUGAAGGCUUUCCACAAAGUGCAGCAGAGGCUCACCCGUGAACUUGAGAAGAAGUUCUCUGACCGUCAUGUCGUCUUCAUUGCCCAGCGCCGAAUGCUCCGCAAACCCACACGUAACUCACGGGUCAAGCAGAAGAGGCCUCGCAGCCGCACGCUUACCAACGUCCACGAGAAGAUCCUGGAGGACCUUGUGUUCCCAACAGAGAUUGUUGGCAAAAGAACCCGCGUUGCUGUAGACGGAUCAAAACUGCUUAAAGUUCUACUUGACUCCAAGGAUGCAACAUCGCUCGAAUACAAGCUGGAUUCAUUCUCAUCUGUUUACCGCCGUCUCACAGGGAAGGAUGUGGUAUUUGAGUUCCCGGUAGUAUCGCAUGUUGUUGAAAAAUCUGGAUGAGAUUGAUAUACCGAAUUGUGAUAUAUUUUUACAAAAUGCACAUUGUCAUUUUCAUUC